CAGCUUCAUAUGUAUCGGCAAUCACUUGAAGUUGUCUUUGGAUACCGUCAAGUCUUUCAGCCGAAUAGAAGAAUGGCGGACGCGCAGAAGAAAGAAGCUGUUUCGGCAGCCAAAAAAUUACCUGCAGUUCCUGAGUCUAUUUUAAAAAGAAGAAAACGACGUCAAACUGCUAAAGUUGCCCGUCUUCAGGCUUCUAUCAAACAACGUGCAGCACAUUAUAAGAAACGAAAAGAAAUUUUCAAACGUGCAGAAAAAUAUGUGAAGGAAUACCGAAUGAAAGAAAGAGAUGAAAUCAGAUUGAUGAGACAAGCUAAAAGUCGUGGUAAUUACUACAUACCUGGUGAAGCACGUCUCGCAUUUGUUAUUCGAAUUCGGGGUGUGAAUCAAGUUGCUCCAAAGGUUCGAAAGAUUCUUCAGCUUUUUAGAUUGAAGCAAAUUAACAAUGGAGUAUUUGUGAAAUUGAAUAAAGCUACAAUUAACAUGCUUCGUAUUGUCGAACCUUACAUCACAUGGGGUUAUCCUAACUUGAAAUCCGUUCGUGAAUUAAUUUAUAAACGGGGUUUCGCUAAGAUUGAGCGUCAGCGAAUUCCCAUCACCAGUAACUCCAUAAUUGAACAAAAAUUAGGACGCUCUGGUAUUAUUUGUGUUGAAGAUUUAAUUCAUGAAGUUUUCACAGUUGGACCCAAAUUCAAGUACGCUAGUAAUUUCCUCUGGCCUUUCAAGCUCAACACACCAACCGGUGGAUGGCGAAAAAAGACCAAUCAUUACGUUGAAGGUGGUGAUUUUGGUAAUCGCGAAGAUAAAAUUAAUGAAUUAUUAAGGCGAAUGGUAUAAAUUUAUACUAAUGUACUUGAAAAAUAAAAAAUGUACGUUUCACAUACAA